AUGUGGCUGGCACCGGCAUACUUUUAUCAGCUCUUGUCUUUGCCUCCGUCUUUUGUCAUCACUCAGUCUCACGAUGAAUCCUCAUUUGUAUCAGCUCCUCGUCGGGCUAUUUGCCUCCCUUGGCUCUUUCCUGUUUGGCUGAUCAUUCGUGCGGCUACAACCAGCUAUGACCUCGGCGUCAUUGGCGGCGCUGUCGCUUCAUCUUCCUUCGUAGCAACGUUCCAUAACCCGUCGGUGAAUGAAAUCGGUGCUGUUGUGUCCGUCUUCACGGGCGGAGCCUUCUUCGGUGCUGCUGUGGCAGGCAUCACUGCCAAUCGCCUCGGCCGCCGCUGGACCAUCAUCUUGGGCUCUUUGAUCUUCUGUCUUGGCGGCGCCCUGCAAACAUCCGCCCAGAACUUGGGAUAUCUUUACGGCGGCCGGUCAAUUGCAGGUCUCGGUGUCGGCGUUCUCGUGAUGAUCAUCCCAUUGUACCAAGCCGAGAUUGCCCAUCCUGCUAUUCGCGGACGGCUGACAGGGCUGCAACAGCUCUUCAUUGGAUUCGGGGCUACGACCGCGGUGUUUACCGCACACGGGACGGUCAGCAAUUUUGUCAGUGAUAAUCAGUGGCGCGUGCCUCUCGGCGUCCAGAUCAUCCCGGCCGGCAUUCUAGGAGCCCUGAUACUCCUAUUCCCAGAGUCGCCCCGUUGGCUCAUGGAUCACGACCGGCACCAAAAAGCACUCCAAACGCUUGCGAAACUGCACUCCAACAAUGAACUUAACGACCCAUGGGUUCUCGCAGAAUAUGAGCAGAUCAAGAGUACGAUCCAAGAUGAGAAAGAAAACGGCGCUUCGAGUUUAUACGAGCUCUUCAAGGACCCGGCAUCUUUUCGGCGACUGGUUCUUGUCACGGCCAUACAGGCGUCCGUCCAGAUGACAGGAGUCCCCGCAAUACAAUACUUUUCCCCGAGCAUCUACAAACAGGUCGGAGUUGGGACAGCGCAGGCACUACUGUACUGUACCAAGGCAUUUCAUACAUCUGGGGCAUUGCCGGUCAACUGUGCACCUUUCAUUGUCACGGCUGCCGUUAUUGCCAGGUUCAACCACGUCGGCCCAUCGGCGCAAGUGGGUCUCCUCUGGGCGUUCCUCGUCUUCGGAUGGAUCUUUCAGUUCGCCUUCUCCAUGUGCUGUGGUUCGCUCUCCUGGGUCAUUCCCGCGGAGAUAUUUGAUUUACCAAAACCCGAGCUCGCGGGGUCGCCAUUGGCUGCCUUACCAGCCAUUGCGUCACAGGGCUGGGGGUAUUUCCUCCUCUUUGUCAUCUGCAACGUCACUAAUGCCAUUUUCUUCUGGGAAUUUUUGCCAGAGACCAAGGGCAUCCCUCUCGAAGAGAUGAAUCGCUUGUUCAAAGAGACAGGUUGGUUCAUUCCAGCACACAAAGGCAGGCCUCAUAUCACCGAAUUCGCGGUCACGCAGAAGGAGAUCGAGGAGAAAUCCGGCACUGCUCAUGUAUAG